AUGAAACUGCAAAAUAACUCAGUUUUAGUUCAAAAUAAAACUAACGACAAUCCAUCCGAAAUCAAUAAAGACAAUAAAGAAAAACGCAAUCAACUCAAAACUGAUGUGUGGGAUGAAGAAAAAGAAGGCAGUCUCGAAUUAGAAAAACAGCGACAAUUGAUAUUAAAAGCUUACUAUGAUGCUUUUCCAAAUAUUGAUGAUGUUAUAGAUGAAACAGGAUUAGAACUAGACGAAGUUGAAGCAUUAACGAAAUCGAUCCUGCAAAAUUUACCAUCCGGAGACGUCAAUGAAAGUACAACUGCAUGUCAUGUAUUGAAUAGCUUGCUUCAAGAUAGAAAUAUAGAAUGUUUAUUUUUUGAUUCAACUCAUGGUAGAAAUCUUCGUGAUGCAUUCAGAAACUUGACUGAUAUCAGCUUAGAAGAUAGAGCGUUUGUAUUGAAGUUAAAAAGCAAUAAGGGAUUAGGAGGUAGCAUGAAACUAAAAUCUGAGCUUGAUGUAAUAAGAUUUGUACAAAUAUUAACAAAAGCAAUUGAAGAAAAGAAAUCUCAUCCAGUAAUUGAAGAUAUAGUUAAUCGCUUAUCCAAAGUUCAUAACAUCGAUAAAAAAUACAUUUGUAUAAAAGCUGUGUAUGCUGGAACAUUUAGCGUCGCUUAUACUGUGCUUGAUUUAGCGAAAAGUACUGUGAAAUCACUUACAGAGAUUGGAAAAAAAUUAAAAGACCAAUUUAAUGAAUAUCUGACUGCAAAAAUUCAUCCAUUAUUAUUUCGUCCUUCGUUCGAUAUAUCACUUUUUCAUGAACUCGGCAACAAAAAAUUUUCCGAUAAUCCAGGAACCUAUCAAAUUGGUCCGCCUGGACACACUAAGCUGUAUACCCAACCCGCCGGAUGGACAAGAUAUGGGUUAAAUGUGUUGGGCAAAUAUGUAGAUGGUGACCUUUGGCUGGAACCAUUUCAAGAUUCUAGAAAUUGGUACAGAGCAUUCCAUGGAACGGGACGUGCAAGCAGCGAGGAUUUUGGCAAUAAGGAUCAGCCUUUCCAACAACAGUUUGCAUCCGUCGAUGCACUUGCAAAUAUAUCGAUCGAAGGAUUUCGUCCUGCAAGGGUAACUGCUUACGGACCCGGUGUUUACUGUUCGCCAAAUCCUAAGUUUCCUGAACAAGGAUAUACUGGAAUUGCUGAAAUAGACACAACGAAAGGAAAGAAAAAGUUCACAUGCAUGCUGCAAGUAGCUGUGAAUCCUAGCGGUGUCAAGUUUACCUCUGAGAAAGACAUAUGGGUCGUACCCGAUCCUCAAGACAUUCGACCCUAUGGUAUACUAAUUAAAGAAGCUUGAUUGAAUAUUAUAAAAAUGUACUAAUCCAGCGCUAUUUGGCCCAUAUUUUAACUUCAAAGCCUGUAUGGCGAUAAACUUUCCUUUUUCUUCUACAUUUGCGCUUUUGAGAUUCCUUGUGAGAGUGUAUAGAAGUUCCUAUUAAUUUAAGUCAAAGUAUAAUAAUUAUGGUCGAAUAUCUCGCUAAACUAAAGAAGAAUAUUUCGUCUAUCCUUCAAAACAACUGCAUAAGGUGGGUGUGAGCGUGGACAUGGCUAGAAAAGACAGCAACAUUCGCACCCACAUCCAACUUUCUAAUUUAGCCUUUUUGCAAAAUGUUGCCACCACACUUUUUAGUGCUCAAAAAGAAAGCUUUUUUUUUACUAUAAAUUGUUCCGAUGUUUUAUUUAAAAAAACCACUAUUUAUGAAUUCAACAUUUGUUUAUAGUCUCGUGUUACUUUGCAAAAUUGUAUUCCUUCCCAAGAAUUAUCUUUUCUACAUGCUUAAUAUAUAUGAAAUUGGUAUUUCCAUUGUUAUAAGUAAUAAGAAUAAUGUGUUUAGCAAUGAUCAAAGAUUUACACAUAUUCGGAUGUGACAAUAAGAACGUAUAGUACAUUAUUCAACUGAUGGCUAAUGUGAAGAAAGUUUCGGUAUUUGGUUUUUGAUAGUAUUUAUGAAACUUCGAACAAUCAACAUAGAUAUUGCUUAGACUAUUAUAGUUGAAAUGAAAAUUUCACGUAAAAAAUCAGAACUAUGCAGAGGAAAAAAAACAUUGCUUUAGGUUGUGAAUUUGAGUUCUAAUGUAAAUGUAUCUCUUUUCUUCAUCUUAUGUCCACAUCGAUAACGACAUGGAUGCUCACCAUUAAAUCCAGAUUACAUUUAAUACACUAUUUUUUCCUUUUGAUAUCAAAGUUGAAUUCAUAUUGUGCACUUCAUCUACAUAUAAAUUUUGCAUAUCAAUUGACAAACUCAUUACUAUCUUCAUAAUAUUGAAUAAGUUAUUUAUUUGUUGUUUUUCUAAUAAAGCAUAUAUAUUUAGUCAUAAACAUAAAUCAAUCGUUGCAAAAUUCGAAUGAAAUAUGCCACAUAUUCUCUUUCGAAAUAAAAGCUUUCUAAUCUAAUCAUUUUCUCUUUUCUAAUCCUUGAAAAUAUCUACGUAGAUAUUCUUCGUAAAUAAUUUGAAUUAUUAAUCAAUUAUAUAAUGGGCGCUCGAAUCAAGUGAAACCGAUGAAAAAAUUAAAAAUUAAAAUAUUUCAAAAUCAACACCUACACCCUGUGAUUCUUGGUAUGGGCGUUGCUGUCAGCGCAAUCAUCUUUCUCAGUCAUACCUACACCUUGCAUAGACACAAAUCAAUUAGUUACUGCUUCUACAUCUGCCGUUUUUCACUCAAACGAAAGAAUUCAGAAUUUUUUAUUUAUGAAGUUUUCGAGGGUGUGGGUGUGGGUGUGGGUGUGGGUUGUGGGUGUGGGUGGGUGGGUGUGGGUGGGUGUGGGUGUGGGUGCGGGGGUGGGUGUGGGUGGGUGUGGGUGUAGGUUACGCUGUAGGUGUGAGUUUUGGUGAUUGAUACUAAACAGAUUACCUGGACCCAUACCCACACACCCGCACCCACACCCAGACUCCACACCCACACACCCACACACCCACACCCACACCCAGACCCCACCCCCACAUUCAUAUCCCACCCCACACCCCAAGGGGGAAAAAGCUGACUCCAAUCCCUUGGAGUCCCGUGGAGUCCGGUGGAGUUCCGUGGAGUCCCGUGGAGUCCGGUGGAGUCCCGUGGAGUCCCGUGGAGUCCCGUGGAGUCCAGUGGAGUCCCGUGGAGUCCCUUAGAAUUCCAUGAAGUCUAAUAGAACUCUCAAGAGUAUUAUGGGUAAACUUGAUAGCUGUUUCAGGAAACUCUUUUAUCAAGCUCUCUUUCAUCACUUUGAACGUCAGAAAGAAAAAAUAUUUUCUAAAAUAUAUAAACCUUUGGUGGAAGCACAUUUUUUUAAUCAUCUUCUGCCUGCAUCAAACUAAACUCAUUCUCUAACUAUCCUUCGAAUAAAAUAGCGCUUCUCUUCAACUGUAUUUAAUUAAUCUAUGUUGAUUAAAUCAUCCGUUGUUUAGGGAUACCUUUAGGUUUUCAAGUCCUAUAUUGCGGGGUAUCCGUAGAUCCUGAAGUCCUAUAUAAUGGGGUACCCAUAGGUCCUCAAGCCCUACUUUAUGACGGUACCUUUAGGUGCGCAAGUCCUAUAUAAUGAGCGUACCCUUAGGUCCGCAAGUCGUGGGUUAUGAAAGUACCUUUAGGUCCUCAAGUCCUAUAUAGCGGGAUACCUUUAGAUCCUCGAGUCCUAUAUUAUGACGAUACCUUUAGGUGCUCAAGUCCUAUAUAAUGGGGUAUCCUUAGGCCUACAAGGUCUAUUAUACAGAGGUACCGAAAAGUCCCCAAGGACUGUUGUACAGAAGUACAGAUAGGUCCUCAAAGCCUAUACGAUAGCGGUACCCACAAAAUAUCAAGCGGUAUUAUAUAGGAGUACCCAUAGUUCCCGCAGAGCUAUACGAGAGGAACAACCAUAGGUCUUUACGGACUCUCUCGUAAUGGUAGCCAUAGCUCCUCAUAGCAUAUAGCAAGCGGGAUCCCAGUAGUAUGUGCCUUGAGGAUCUAUGUGCAUCAUUUACUACAUGCUUUGAGCAGGGUUUCCGAGUUGGGGGAUGACAGGCCUUGCACGUAACGAACUUCACACUUUCUGCAAAAAGCAUUGAUAAUACUUUCUAGGAAAUCGAUAACUACACUAUCGUAGAAAAGACGUCAAUUUGCUCUAACCAAAUCAAAGGAGGCAUGGUCUCUGGCAAAUUCUUGCCGAACGUCCACGUUAUUUAGGUCGAACAUCUCGCAGGAAAUGCAGUCCUCUCUUUUAUAUUUCUUGCAGAAACCCGAUCGUAUUUACGCCGCAUUUUCUCCUAAACUUUGAAAUCUAUGCAAGAAAUAUGGAACACAUAACAUCGAUUUUGCGCAAGAAAUGGAACAAAAGCAACGUUGACUUUGUGCGCUGAAAAUGACGGCGUUUCCGCAAAGUUUGUAUCCUACCCGCACCAUCCUCAAAAUCAAUCAUGAAUCCUGCCCUUCAGCACCUAUCAGCAAUUCUAUAUAAUCCUUAGGACUGACAAAAAGUUUUGGCAACGUUGUUGGCAAUUUUAUAAACCAAUUAACAUGGAGAAUUUUUUGCAUGGAUAAAUAGUGGAACGCAUUUUCUAUAAUGAUUUAUAUGCAAAUAAACCGCUCCCGCAAUGAAAGGUCCCGGGCCUUAUAUUAUGGCGAGUCACAUUCGGCACAAAUUCCACCAAAAUUCCCGGUAAAAUACACAAUUCUCGCGAAAAACCUCUCUUGGGGGCCUUCUAAAUAGUGGGACCCUGUAAUACGGGGGAGGUCUUCUAUUGCGGAGAGGGAUUUACCGUGGAUCAAGGCGAUCCACUGCGUCCCUUGACUGUAGAUUUGAACUACCACCUUGCGGAUAAAUACAAAAACACACAGUUGUUUUCGAGAUUAAGACUCUGACUACAGUCAAGGGAAUAGCCCUUGAAGACCUAAGAGUGCCCCCAUUAUAUAGGACUUGAUGACCUGAAGGUACCAUCAUAAUAUAAGACUUGAGAGGCUAUGGGUACCUCCAUAGUAUAGAUCUUGAGGACUUGCGGUUACUCC